CUGACAGUUAAUCAUAUGUUUGUUACUUUCAAAAGUGUUUCAAUUGAUUGUAAUUAUGUUCAAUGGUUUAGUUGGUCAUCAAAAUGACAUCAAAUCAAUGCAAACGUUUGCAACAAAUACAGCAUUUGAGUGCAUUUGGCACUGAAUGUCACAAAUCAGUGCAGAGUUUGUUAAGUGAACUGAAUUGGGAUGAAAAGCAAGUCCUGAAUUGUGAGCCAUUGGUGUUGUGUCCGUAUGAUAGCCGUCACCGCAUGUCCUGUCAAUCAAUUGGCAAACACUUAGAAAAGUGUGAAUUAAAGGCAAACGGAUUGACAAAUGAGGAGAUUGAAACACUUCCUCCGAGUUCUGCCUUUUAUUACAGUGAGAGCGCAGACAUCAGUCCCGUUGUGAUCGAUAAACAAAUUGAAGACACAAUUUUGGGCGAACCAAUAGGUGAUGGCUUUCGAGGCAAUCGAUCGCGUAUUGAGUUAUCAUCUGAACAACGAUUAGCUCUUUAUUCACACGUCAUUCAAACGAAUAGAAAAACUAGAGAUGAGUCCACUAUAGACGACAAACAGUCGGAACAGUCGCUGAAGUCUUUGACCAUUGAUUUGUUUAGUGAUGUUCGGGAGAAAUUAGACACAAAUCCUGACAAACAAAAGCAAGAAGUGGUCGACAGACUCGAAAUGAUUGCUAUGAAUAGGGAUAUGAAGAGAAGACAACUCAUUUAUUUUGAGUACUACUACAAGAAGCAGUUCCCGAAGAAGAUUCACCGCUACUUCCGUUCGCUGGAGUCGAGUCUAAAUGAUAAUGAGUCGGGAUUUGAAUGA